AUGUCGAUCGUUAGUACUGGUUCACGUGCUCAUAUUGCGUGUUCUCAAGGAAACUUUUGGAUGGUUGAUGGAAGUGGAAGGGAAGGAGGAAUUCAAGUUAAUUUCAAAGGACUUGCGUUUACAAAUUCAUCUUUUGACUUCCUCGACGCUUCAGUUAACAUUAAAGACUGUACAUUCGGAGAGACAAAACCAUCGGC